AUGUAUUUACGGCACUCUUCCAGCCUUCAGCCUUCAGCCUUCAGCCUUCAGCCUUCAGCCUUCAGCCUCCAACCUUCAACCUUCAACAUCGACCUCUCGUCCCUGUUGGGUACAUAUCGGCGUAUCUCCUCGAACAUGAAGCAGGUGUGGGAAGAUGAGCAUGACAUUGCUUUUCUGGCAUUUCUCGACUUUGCCUUAGAGCGUGGGCUCGACUACAAGUCCAUCAGAACCCGUGUUAUUCCCGUUAUCGAGAAGCUUACUGGUACUACUUUUAAUGAAAAGCAGAUUUCAAGGCGCACCUCUACAAUUUUAGGACGCGAUAAAUCUGACAGAAGCAACACGAUAAAGUCUGAUGGACUGAAAAAAACGGGCUCAUCGUCGCUUCAUGGUCUAAGCGAUGAAAUGCGGGGGAAAAUACGUGCUCUGGUUGAGGAUUUCCGGAAGCAGGAGAUACAAGGAAGGUCAGAUUCUGAGCAUACUAAUACCGCAACUCCGCGAGACAAUAGUAAAAAUUUUGCCCAAACCGGCCUUGAGAAUCAACAAGUCCAUCUUGAGGGUCCGUCCCAACGCAGUGAUCAGGGCCCUCUGGAAUCCGACCUGCGUCCGCCCAAGAUUGUGCAAGCGACGACUUCACGGCCUAGCACUCCACCGAUCGAAACACCACUGGCAGGUCGUCGGAAUUCGACUGUCGAUUCUGGACUGGUAGAGAAACAUACUUCCAGCGAAACAGAUGUGCUGUCAUUGGCAGAUGUGCGUAGAAUGCACAAAGAGGUGGUGGCUCGGUUGAAGGCUGAGGUUACGGCCGUUCGAGCUCAGUGGCAGCGCGAAGUCGACAACUAUAUACAAGAAGCCAAGCGCCGUAGACGAAUCGAGUCGGAACUUGAAGCUGAAAACACACAUCUAAAGACAGCGCGCGAAGAGCGACAAAAAGCUGGGAGAGGCCCCUUGGAGGAAGCUCUGUUCAACAAGGACCAAGAAAUAUGGCUGUUGAAGCAAUCAAACCACAAGAUGAGAACAUUGGCAGGUUUCGCUAGAAGAACUGAACCGAAAAGAAAGUCGUUGGAACAGAACGAGGUCAAAGACGCAAUCAAUGCAAUGGAGACAGAGUUACAAUCAAUCCUGCAUGGCCACGACUCAUCUACUACCUUGCUGCACCCUGAAUUUGGUAUUGAAACUGAUAUGGCAAACCUCCUACGAGUUAUGUUCCAGGAAGACACUGACAAUAUCGAUUCACCUGGACAGCUGCUGAAAAAGUUGUUGGAGUGUGGUCCGCUGAAAGUCGUGCGAAGUUUCGCGGUAGCUGCCCUCUAUGAAUGGGUAUUCGCCACGGACUUUCCGAGCUUCAGUAGCGAUGAAUCCCAUCCUUUUCUCAAGGAAUACCGGGAUGCAGUCUUGAUUCAUGAUGGCUGGACUUGUCUCCGCAAUCUUGAGCUAGUAGCUUACAAUUCUCUCAUUGACAGCAAUGAGUUCAGAAAGGCCACACUACCCAGACGGUCAGAUGAGCUAGCUUCCCGUCUCUCCAAGGCACUGGCUCCGCUCUUUCCCCGGUCAACUGACGUAGAAUCAAACGCAAGAUUCGAGACCUGGGGUCAAGAACAGGAUAUUUGCGAAGACCGACGUUUUCGAUUCACAGGGUUGUUCGAUGCUGCUUUGCAAUUAAAGGCAAGGACAGUAGCCACCGAUGAAAGAUAUGAGUUUGUUGUCCACCCUCCUGGCACCUUAAUCACCGAGCCAAGGACACAUGACGCUCCGGAUUUGCACUCAAAAGACAAUACCUGCUCCUGGCUACAAGCUUCCUUGUAUACCUACGUUGGAGAUCCAUCUGAUCCACCUGAUCUACUUGCGGAUGCCCUAAUUCAAUCGAAUAACUUCAUCUCCAAUAUCAAAAACAAGCAGGCAAGAAAGCAAUUUUUAGCAGAAACCAAGUUGGUGAUUUCCGAGUCGGGUGAUGCCGGAACAGAUGUAAUCGAGGAUUCGAGGGAAAAUUCGUUGGACGUAGAACUAAUGAAUCAAUGGGCAUACGCCCAUGGUGCCAUCUCAUCGCCAAACGAUGGUACGGCCCAAAAACGGCCAGAUGAGGAGCUUGACCAAAGCCCCGCCAGCAAAAGAGUCAAGACCAUACAUCGAGCAGACGAGGAGUACGAGGCAGAAGAGUCUGAUGAUACCGAGGAGGCAAUUUAUUCGCCGCCUCGACCAAAGCUUACAAAGGCUGGCGCGAAGAAAGCCUCCAAGUCUUGUCCUAAAUGUAAUAGAUCCUUCGCCAGUGCCGGAAAUGCUACUCAACAUAUGCAAAAAACGCUCAAAUCGCAUGAACAAAAAGCACACCCCGACGAUCCUAAAAGAAGCGGGAGUAUUGGCUCCGACAACAAUCCCGGGGACAAUGCUCACAACGGCGCCAAAGAUACGGAUGCGGGUACGCCUUCAGUGGAAAAACCGAGUCGGUCACUAGCUACAACCACCGACGAUACGGAAAGCGAAUCUUAUGAGACAGACAUCGCAGAUCCAAAAGCGGUCACAUGUGAGUACUGUGGUAGCACAUUUCAGUGCGAGGGGGAUUAUCGGCAUCACUUAGACCAGGUGAGCUGUAAAGAACACCAAGAUGCCGAGUCCGACCUCGCUAAAAAGAUACCACAACGAAAAAACCCCGUGAGUAAUGCUGCGCAGAACCCUGAAAUAGCUUCUGUGGAGGAAAAUAUGGUACCUCAAAUCUCGGCACAGACAAAGCAGGGAAAUAGAUCCGAAGCCAGGUCGAAUGGCAGAUACCUGGCCUCGACGAGGAUUGACCACGUCUUUCGCACCCAGCAAAAGAACCUCGUCAUCCGCGAUUUGGGCCGCGAGAAGCCGCGGAGGUCCUGA